ACAAGGAUUGGCCACUUACACGCUUAUUGACAGCCAAUCCGAGGUAAAGAUCCGUGAAAUAUAGGUCUAAGAUUUGACAUCCGACAACGCGCAUAUACACAUAUGUCUCAUGUACGAUCUGUUGUAGUGGAACAGACCCAAAAGGGUACCCAAGAAGCAUUUACGCAAUAACUUCCAUAUUCCUACUCCUGUGACCUCUUAUCAACAAUAGUUAGGGUCAUGGAUCUCUUCAUCAUGAGAAGUUUAUCAGUUAAGUUUUUACAAGUGAGCAAAGUUAUAAUAUCAUUGUAACAAUAGUUGAGACAAACAACAGUGAGUUUAGCAGAUUCUUUGAAAAAUCAACGUUUCGCGCGCGAUCCGAUAUUUUCUCCUGAUUGUUUUCCCAUUGUAUUUCAAAGCUGAUGUGAAUUUUAACACGUGAAUAAAAGUGCCAUGAGCGAACACAAAUGUGUGCUGUGUGAGACGGAGUUGGAAUCUAAAGAGGCACUUCAGGAGCACUUUAGAAAACAUGCAAAUAAAGAAAUAGAUGCUAGAGGAAAGACAGUAAAAAACAAGACUAAACCUAUUGAUACUCAAUGCGAUAUUUGCCAUCAAACAUUUCCUUCAAUGACUGCAACAAUAAGACAUAGAUUUAAAAAGCAUCCCAAUUUACAGGCCAAAUUUUAUUGUUCCUAUUGUGGAAAACGGUUUCCUUUAAAGACUCAUCGGGAUAAUCAUAUAACUUCGCAUGAUGCAUCUGAAAGUGAAAAAACAGAGCAACACAAAAAAUGUGAAGAAUGCAAUGUAACAUUUUACAAUGAAAAGGCUCUAAAUUAUCAUUAUCGUUCUAUUCACAAAAGAAUGGUAUACUUGUUCCAUCCAAUGGCCACUCCUCCACCUAGCAACAAAAUCAGAUUGAACUCAAUGAAUGAUGUACUAAGUGUCUAUUAUUGCCAUUUGUGCGGUGUUGAAUAUGUAGUAAAGUUUAAUUUGCAACAGCAUUUGGAGAAAUCACACACAAAAGAGCAAAGAGAAGCCCUACCUAAAGACUUGAUCAAGUGCACAAUGUGUUCGGCAUUAUUCUGCAAUAAAAAAGCCUAUGAUGUUCAUAAUGGUUAUCAUCAACCAAACGAUUUGUACGUAACUUCUGAGCAGCAGAGAAUGCGAGCGAUCACGAGAAUCGACCAGGACUUCGACAUCAGAAGAGUUGAGCCUAUUAUUGAUAGAUAUGUACCACGACUUAAUGCGUCUACUAAGCAGUGGACAAGACCAAGCAAAAGACAGAGAAAAGGAACAGAGAUGGAAAAAGACAAGAGUUCGGAGUUCUCGGACGAUCAAUUAGCGGAAACUAACGAAUCCAGCGAUCCCGAAAGUGAUAUUCCGCUGAAGCAAAGACUCAUCAGUUAAUGGAGGUUUUUCUCUAAUUCGCAAAAAGUGCUUUAUUUUACGGCAAAGGAACUUUUGUUGUGUAUGUAUAAAAGAUAUAUAAAAAGUGCAAUCACAUGUAAUAUACAAAAAAGAACUGAAGUCUCGAUUCGACAUUUCUUCGAUUGUGAUCUUCAAUAUACAAAUUUACGUUUUUUUAUAUAAAUGCGAUUUACAAGCAUGACCAGAAUGUUCACAAUGCUGUGCAAUUCUUUGAUGAUAAGAUCAAUUAUGUGAAAUCGAUUGUCUGCCUGUAUACGUUUUUUAAUUAUUGAAACAAAUCGUACUUUAUCACAUAGAGCGAAAUUAUCGACUGCAAAUUAUUUCUGUCUUUAGAUAUAGUUUGGUGCCUGAGACAUGUUGUAUCUUUUAAUUCUACUAUCAUGGCCCUCAAGUCUACACUCGUUUCCUCUUUUGCCAAAUUUUUGCGGUUUGAUGAACUUGUUCUGUUAACGGCCGAUUUCUUCAUACCUCUCGAUAGCUAUCCUCUGGAUAAAUUCAUCUGAGAACCAAUAAGGAGAGCCAAUUUUGGGAGAUAUCUUCUAGAUAAAGUUAUCGAAAACUUAUCUAGAAGUGAAAAAAUUAGCUGUAAGACAAGUUCAUCUCUCCAUUUCAUUUUCUAAAGCAAACAAUUUUACACUUCCAUCUUCAUUGCUUCCAUUGUUUCGUCGAAUUCUUUUUCUCUUUCACAGAUCUUUGAAGAGCCGAAUAAAUAAAUCAAAAAAUUAUAAUCGUGAUAUAAA